AUGUUCGCCGCACAUCCUCUCCCUUCUUCCCCUUCAACACCUCUCGGCCACAACCACUACACGCCCGUGCGACCAUCGCCGCUCGGUCCGCGCAGCGCGAACAUCUCCACGCCCCCAUGGACAAUGGGCUCGCCAUCGCGCGCGUCCGCAGCAGCCCAAGCAGCGGGCCAGACGCAGAAACCCCUCGGGACAGACGAGAAUAGCCAUGCACAGCACAUCCAGUCGUCGCCCGUGCCAUUCCCCACCUUCACCACCACCCCAUCGCAACAACAAGCCACAAGCAACACCAACACCAACAUCUUCGGCGCCAUCGCCUCCGCACCGCCGUUAUUCUACCAAAAACCAACCACGGACACACCUCUCUCCCCAACAUCGCCCUCACCCGCUGCUGCUCCCGCCCCGCGCUUCGCAGCGCGCUACGCGUCCCAGAUCGCCAAUCCGCUCCGGAAUACCUCAAGCGCGCUGGUGCGCUCCAAGUCGCGGAAGAUGUUCCUCAACAGAGUCAAAAAUGACCGCGACGCGGGCCGGUUCGAGGCUCGCGGCGAGCAGAUUAUGAGGAUGGAGCAUCUGGCGGAUCGGAGACGGUGGGAGGAGGAGAUGAGUCAUGAUAUGGAUUUUGUUGUUGGGGAGUAUGAGGAUGAUGCUGAGGAGGAUGGGGACGAGGUUAUGAUUCCUGAUGAGGAAGAGAUGAACGCGCUGGAUGAGUAUCUUUCUCAAGAACAGUCGGUCAAGAGAGCUAUGUUUGAGUCGGGAAAUGGGACGUCGGCAUAUCCCACGAAGGAGCCGAGUGGUUCUUUCAAUGAUGAUGAGUAUGAUGAUAUCUUCAGUGCGAUGACGGAGCAUGGCUAUGCGAGCCAGGACAUGGAUAUGUCAUGA